AUGGGCUAUCGCUUUGUCCAUAUCUAUGAGAAAUAUUCUUGGAUACCCGUCGCCAUCAUUUUCUUCAUAUACCUUGGAGAGAUCGCUCGAUACUGCGUCAGCGGCCCAUGGGGCGGCACGGGCCCAACCGAAGCUGCUAAUGUCCUGUCUUUCGGUGCUGCUAUCGCCGGAUUCGCCCUUGGUUGGACCUCCCUCGCCGCGGAUUACACCGUCCGGAUGCCAGAGGACAUGCCCACUUGGAAAAUAUUCUUCUGGACGUACCUCGGGUUGAACAUUCCGCUCAUCCUCGUUGAGGCGCUUGGUGCGGCUGCCAUGACGACCUUCACUGCCAAGACCACCUGGGGAGACGCGUACGCGGAAAACUCCAUCGGCGGGCUGCUCGGCGCAGGGCUGUCGGGGCCCAUGGGCGGAUUCGGCGGGUUCCUGCUCGUUAUCAUUUCGCUGUCGAUUGUCGCGAACAACAUUCCGAACAUCUACUCGCUCGCGCUCACGUUCCAGAACAUCCACCCGUACGCACAGGCCAUCCCGCGUGUGUUCAUCGUCCUCGUCGGCAGCGCGAUCUACAUCGUGCUCGCCAUCGUCGGCGCGUCCCACUUCGAGGAGUGGCUCGACACGCUGCUCACGAUCCUGUCGUACUGGCUUGCGAUAUUCACCACAAUUCUGCUUGAGGAACACUUUAUCUUCCGCAGAGGAAAGUGGUCGAACUAUGAGCCGGAUGAGUACAACAAUUGGCGCAAGCUCCCGCUCGGCAUUGCAUCGCUGAUCGCUCUCAGUAUCGGUGUCGGUGGUGCGGUUCUCGGUAUGGCGCAGGUCUGGUAUAUUGGCCAUAUCGCGCGACAUAUCGGCAAUCCCAUGUAUGGCGGAGACAUUGGCUUCGAGCUCAGCUGCGCAUUCACUGCUAUCGUGUUCCCGCCAUUGCGGUAUAUUGAGAAGAGGUAUUGGGGAUACUAG